UUGCUUUGGAAAGAAAAAACUUCAUAGAGUGAUUAUUUGGUCCUUAAUUAUAACUACUAUGCAAAAACUACCCUACCAUGUUAGAGUGUUAGACCACUUCAAAUGUAAAAGGACUUUGCUAAAGAGGGUACUGGCAGAGGAAUCAAGUUCAUAAAAGGGAGGUCACUAACAACAUUACCUUAAAAUUUAUAUGGCAGAAUUGUGACUCUAACCAGAAAGCCUGAAAGUACUCGCAUAUUCAUUUCAGAUAUUAUAAAAUCUACAGAAAGAAUCUUAUAGUGGAGUUAAGGUAGCUCUCCAAUGGCGCUUAGGAAUAAGUGGACGAAAGAACAACGUGCUUGGAGACGAAGAACAUGUUGUUGUGUUCGGUGUCAACCUGCUAUACUUAAGUUUACUCAUCACAAUUGUUCCUGUAGAAGGAAGAAAAAUAGGCACACAAGCCAAAAUGUACAAGGAGAUCAAAGUCAUCAAACUUUCCACACAUAGGACAGUGUCCCACAUCACUAACAUACAAAGGGAUAUACGUGUAUUUUCAUUGAUUUUGUCCUAUGCUUAAAUUCUAUUGAAUAUUUUGGUCAGAUGAAUAAUAUAUAUUAACACCUAAUGAUGAUUGAUGACCACAAAGAAGAAGAAAAAAUCUGAAGAAGUUGAAGAUGGAGAUAAACUCCCGCCAACUCGCCAAAGGCCCUACGUUAACUAAUACAUGGCGGGGCCACCAAUCCACAAGGUGGCAACAGGGACCUCUUAUUUAUUAUUGAGUCCAAAAUCAAAAGUCAUACAUACACAUAGAUACAUAAUUUUAAAAUGGGAGGUGAAGCAUAUUGUAUAGAAUAAUAUCAAGUUUACAUUAUUCUGCCUUCAUCUUUGAGAAGAGUAUAUUGUUUUAAUUAUCAUCAACAACAUCAGAGUUUCAUCUCUGCAUUUAUUUUGUCAUCUAACUACACCCUGUGUCUGCUACAUGUUCAAUCAAACACUCUGAAAACGAUUGAACCAAUCAACCCAUGCCCAACAAUAAAGGUUCAAGUUUUAUUAAAUUUUCUUCUGCCCCUGCUUCUUGUUUCACUAUUAGGAAUUGGUCUGCCACUUGGGUCUUCGUUUACCAUUCCAGACAUGUCUGGGCACAUUUGCUUUGAAGGAUACUCAGGCAAUGAAGAAAGAAGAGAGAAUUCUGAGGAUGAUAGGCGGACGAGAAUUGGCAGUCUAAAGAAGAUGGCAAUAAGUGCUUCCACCAAAUUCAGGCACUCUCUUAAGAAGAAAAGAAGCAAAAAGAGUGCCAGCCGUACCAAUUCCCUCUCCAUUGAAGACGUUCGAGAUGUUAAGGAGCUUCAAGCUGUGGAAGCUCUUCGACAAGCACUUAUGUUGGAUAACUUUCUGCCUCCAAUGCAUGAUGACUAUCACAUGUUAUUAAGAUUCUUGAAAGCAAGGAAGUUUGAUAUUGAGAAAGCAAAGCAAAUGUGGGCCAACAUGAUCCAAUGGAGGAAAGACUAUGGUACAGAUACAAUUAUAGAGGAUUUUGAAUUCAAGGAGUUGUAUGAAGUUUUGACGUACUAUCCACAUGGUAAUCAUGGUGUAGAUAAAGAAGGAAGACCUAUUUAUAUUGAGAGACUAGGGAAAGUUGAUCCAAAUAAGCUUAUGCAAGUAACUACCAUGGAAAGGUAUGUGAGAUACCAUGUGCAGGGAUUUGAGAAAGCAUUUUCUGUCAAGUUUCCAGCUUGCUCUAUAGCUGCUAAGAGACACAUUGAUUCAAGCACAACCAUUUUGGAUGUUCAAGGCGUGGGUUUCAAAAACUUUACCAAGUCUGCACGGGAACUCAUCACUCAGCUACAGAAGAUUGAUAAUGAUAACUAUCCUGAAACACUCUAUCAAAUGUUCAUAGUCAAUGCUGGUCCUGGUUUUAAGCUUCUUUGGAACACGGUGAAAACAUUUCUUGAUCCCAAAACUACUUCAAAGAUUCAUGUUCUUGGAAACAAGUUCCAGAGUAAAUUACUUGAGACUAUCGAUGCUAGUGAGCUGCCAGAAUUCCUAGGCGGUAGUUGCACUUGUAGAGAUCAGGGAGGUUGUAUGAGGUCUGAUAAAGGGCCAUGGCAAGACCUAAACAUUUUGAAGAUGGUUAUUGGUGGAGUACAGUGUUCUAAACAAAUGGAAUCAGUUUCUAAAGAUGAGGGGAGGGUCAUUGAAUGUGAUAAGCCAUCUAAUCCAAUGAUAAGAAGUAGUGGCACAUCUACAGGAGAAUCAGGAUCUGAAGUUGAAGAUAUCACCUGUCCCAAAGCAAGUGGGGAUAGUAUAAACCCUGUAUCGACUCCCCUCCAUGAAGAAGAAAGAUUGGUUGGUAAGGCUAAUCACGGUGGUGAUUUCUCUGAGUAUGAUGAGGAUGUUCCUCCUAUGGUUGACAAGAUCGUUGAUGUUGGAUCGAAGGAGAAGCAAGAAACACCUCAAAAUUCAUUUGGCUCCAGAGGCUUCUUUUCGGCCCUUUUUACUUUUGCCCGUUCAGUAGCAUUUUAUGCCACUAAGGGAAUACUGGUCUCUGAAUCUGAUUCGGCCCAAAACAUACCAAUCAUGGCUGUUGAUUCAAUAUCCAAGGGGGAAUCUCGUCCUCCUUCACCGGCUCCUGGAUUGACAAACACAAACCUCCCCUCAUCUACCUCAGAACGCCUCGGUGAGCUUGAAGAGAAAGUUGGCAUGCUACAGACAAGACUCAAUGUCAUGCCACAUGAGAAACAGGAGUUGCUGAAUGCUGCUAUUUAUCGCGUGGAUGCGUUGGAAGCGGAGCUGAUUUCUACAAAGAAGGUUUUACACGAAGCUUUGAUAAGACAAGAAGAGCUUAUGGCAUACAUAGACAGUCAUGAAAAAAGCAAAUUCAAGAUGAAGGCUUGCUGGUGAAGAGAUACUGAUAUUGUGCAUGGAGUUCUCAGAGGGUAUCAAAUUCCAUCUCUCUCUAGAGAGAGAAAGGAGAAUCAGUUGACAUGUGUAGUAAUGUACAGUAAACAUAGGUCUUGUGUCUCCAUUUGCAAGUAUGUGAUGAUGGUAAUAACAUACUUGAGAAGUGAACCAGGGACUUCUUCAUUUGAACACCAAGUUUUUCUUGUGUUUGGGUAUUAGAAUAUUCUAAAUAACACCCACACUUAUAUGACAAUUGAAACCGAUUUCAUAUUUGUAUUUUCCUAAUUGGAGAAUGUUUUAUCCUCCUACAACCAUCAACUAUCACUAUAAUAUUAUGUUUUUUUUUAAAUUCAUAUUUAUUCA